AUGAAUUCAUUAAAUACGGCUGAUGAAUCAUGGAGUGAACGUUGUGCAUAUGGUUUAAAAUGUGAAAAAUUAGCUACGCAUCAGUGUGAAGGAUGUGGAGAAAUAUACUGUAUCGGUCACUAUUGGGAACAUCAAACUAAACUUCAAGAAGAUUUUGCAAAUAUACGACAUACACAAGAUAAAUUGAGUCAAGGAUUGAAGUCAUUAUUAUCAUCAAUGUCAGCGGAUGUCAUAUUAGAUUUAAUAAAACAAAUUUAUGAAUUCCAAAUGAAAUCAGACGAAAUUGACAAGACAGUAAAUAUAAUACAAGAGCAGUUACAGGAUGUAAUUAAUGACGAUAAACAAGAUUUUAAAAAGCACUUGAUGACAAUGAUAAAUGGAUCAAAAGAGCAUGAUCGGAAUAAUUAUCUUGAAAAUGAUAUUGAUCGUUUAAAGAAAGACAUUCAAGAGUUAAAAUUAAAACUAGAAAAAAUUUAUAAUUAUAGUCAAAAAAAGAAAUCACAAGAACAAUUACGUAUUCAAGAUAUGAAAGUUCAGUCGGACAAUCUAUCUGACAAAAUAAAAUCACCGUUAAUAAAUUUUGUAUCACAGAGCAAAAAGAUGCUUUUACGUUCUGUUGUUGAUACUUCUAAAUAUAGAGUGGUAAAACAAGCAGAUGAUCCUGCAGUACUGUUUGAUCUAAUCCUUCGACAAAAGAAUGAAUCAGGUUUAGAUGCAAAUGAAAAUGAACUUGUUGUAAGUGAAGCCGAUAAUGAAGAAGAUGCAGAAGAUGCAGAAGAAACAAUGAUAGUUAUCGGUUCUGACACUACAUUAAAGACUACUCAGAAGAUUCGUUUCUCCAACAAUAUUGUUCGCUGGCUACGAGGUCCCUUUAGGGUAAUGGUGGAUGGUACCAUGCAUGCAGUUGAUCUAUGCGCACAAGGAAUACGUAUCAGUGAUGCUGUUAUAAAAGCUGUGGAGCACGGACUGGCUAGGCAAAAACAAAAUGCCGUAGAACAAGAAACUACCAGUAGUUCAGUUAAGCCAACAUUUGCCGAAAUUACAUCUGAUUGGACAUUUGAAGGCGAGAAUGCUGAUCGAGGAUUCAGUAGUGUAUCUAUAUGGAUGCGUGAUCCUCAAGGUCAACGAAUUUUAAUCAAAACACAAGACCAUCCAUUAUGCGCUGCCAACGAAAGACUAGCUUAUACUUUAGGAGGAUUACUUGGUUUACCUAUUAAUGAGGUGCAGAUUGGAGUUUAUCAAAAUAAACUGGUAACUUUGCAUGCCGAUGUUGCUAACGAAAAUGAAAAAACUAUAACAUUCAUGGACUUACCGAAACAAAUAAGAAAAAAAAUAUUGACUAAUCCACUGUUGGAAUCUAUGGAUUUAUUCGAUCGUAUCGUACACAAUGUUGAUCGUAAUCCACGAAAUAUUUUAAUAACAGUAUCGAAAACAGAUUCAAUCGAUGAUGAUAAUACAAAAUUGAAGAUGCAUCUAAUUGAUCAUGCUUCCUGCUUUGGUAUGGGUAAACUUAAUGUCAUCAGUAUUAUAGCUUGCAAGUUUCAUAGUAACCAUCUUUCAGUAGUUACAUUUGAUCCAAUAGAAAAGGCAAGAAAAUUCGAACAAUAUCUCAACAAGCUACCCAUAGCAGAUCGUGCUUUAAUAAAAAAGACAUUAAAUCGUUUUGCAGCAAUUACUAAUGAUCAAUUAGAUAGUUGCAUAACCGAAGUACAGGAUCUACUAUCAUCCAGUCAAUACAAUCGUAUACAUAGCGUCUUAUAUCGACAGCGAGACGUUGCAAAACGCUGUAUAAUACAGUGGGGUAUUGGUCUUAAUUCUGCAAGUUUAAGACCAAACCAAAGGAAUCAGACUACAUCCGAAGCAAAUGACAUGGCAGUAUAUUUCUAA